AUGCCCUCUUCAUGGAUGGAGGAAGGGGAGCAAUUCCACCACGGGCACGAGCACGCGAGUCACAGAAACGACUCGAACGAAGCACACAAUCCCAUCGGCGGAGCAAGUGGAUCGCCAGCCCAGUUUGGAUCAAGAGUACAUCCCCAGACGACAUCCUUCUCGGCACAUCUCCCAAACAAUGUUGACAGCUUUGGAACAACGCACAGCCCACACUCAUGGGGAUCUCGCACGCCCACCACACCCAUCAGCCAGGAGCGAAUACAGGCUAUGACAGUGGCGGCCCAGUAUCCCGACGACAUCGAUCGGUCGCGGUGGGUCGAGGCUCGCCGCCCACCCAACGAGCUCGACUACAGCCCGGCGUUCUCAGACUCGCCUCUCCUCCCGCCAAGCGCAGCGGCGGCGCGCCGACAUCUAUCUUCGGACCUCGAUUCCCUGUUCGAGGACAGUGGGUCGGAAGAAGAGGAGAUAUUGUAUGUGCUGCAGAGAGCAACCACAGGUGCGGCGGAAGAUGGGUCGGUAGACGCUGUGUUGCCUCACGGUCACGGUCACGGUCACGGUCACGAUCAUGGUCAUUAUCAUGGCCAUGAUAGUGAUCAGCCUUCCCCGUGCGGGCUCAGCCGGCAGCUACAGGGCUCUUUGAACGUCUUUACGGCCGAGGUAGAGGUUGAGACUGAAGACCAUGAUGUUGGUCGACUUGACGAUAAAAUUCAUUCAGUAAGGGAUGAGGAAGGGCCACAGAACCAAUUGCCAGAGCAAGGACCCUCAUGCUUUAAUGCACAUGAAGGUAUUUCCUACAACCUCUCAGCACAAAACGGAGAGCUUCAAGAACAACCACAAAUAUAUGUCACUGUGCCGGCUGCAUCGAGCAUGGCGGCGGAUCGUUGGUCGUGGAUCCCUUCAACAGCUGCGGCUGUGGUGGUGCAAAUGGUCAAUGGUGUCGGUGUCAGUCUGAUCGAUGUGCUUGUGCCAAUUGCGAUCGGCAUAGACCCCAUGGCGGGUAUCGCAAUCGCGGAACGCCCACUGAGGCGAGGACGGCAAGGGCUGGUCCGGCCACACAUACCUGUGAGUGUAUGCAUCAAGGUCCUUGCUCGUGUCUUCCUGGCCUAUGUGGAUGUGGUGACAAAGAGUAUCCGGUGGAGGAGGGAGGAGAGCUUUUAUCGGCUCAGCCAUGUUUCUGCGAAGAAGGACGAAUCUGUACCUGCUCCCCGGGAUCUUGCGGCUGUCGCAGAAAAGCAGAGCGUGUACCAGACCCGGAGACCUCUCGCAGUGAAGAAGCACCGCCAGAGCCGAUACAAGCAACAGCAACAACAUCAACGACUUGGUCAACACGCCAGGAAUAUCGUCCGCUGCACCUCAAACUCGCAGAAAUGA